AUGCUGGACACUUUCGAGGUCAUAACUACGUCUGGGGUUGUGCUCUGGUCAAAGACGUAUGCCCCGGUUGGAACCCAUAUAAUCAACAGCCUGAUCAAGGAUGUCUUUAUCGAAGAGAGAACACACCUACAGGACUCAGGCGUUGAUCGUUCCGCCAGGAGAUAUAACAAGGAGCAAUACACGCUGAAGUGGACAGAGGCAAAGGGAUUCGGGUUGAUAUUCGUCUCUCUCCUACAUCUGACCUGGAUUGAUGACCUUUUGGAAAACAUAAAGACCAUAUUCCUGGGACUUUACAAGGAGCAGCUCAAAGGGUCGCGGUCCAGGGUUGCCAACUACCCGUUUGACAAAUACUUCGAGCAACAGUUGAGAGAGCUUGACCAGACCACCGAGCUUCUGGCAGAUGACAAGCGCCAGCUAGGUGUAGAGAGCAAAAGGGACGCACUUACAAAGGCGGAUACAGGGGGGCCGCCACCACCACCUGUUCCUGGGCUUCUUACGGUGCAGCGUCAAGCUGCGCCGGCGACGGAGGUGCUAAAUGACAGCACACCGUCUGAGACUCCCGAAACAUCUCGACCGGCAACUCCGAGCUCCCAAGUUAUCACCGCAAAAUCUGGGCCCGGUGGCCGUAUUUCCCGCCGUGCUCGCAAGGCCGUAAACGCAAACGCUAAUUCUGGGGCUGAGGAUAAGGUAAAGAAGGCUACUAAAGGCAAAUCUGGGGGUAAGAAGAUGAGAAAAUGGGGGCCUGAUGGCAUGGCGGACGAGGAAAGUGACGAGAUACUGGACUAUUCUGCCAACGAUACCGAAGCCCCUCAAGUCCUUCCUGCGCCUGUCGAUGCUAUUGACAGCGAAUCAUUUGGAACAAAGACGCAGAAGGGACAGUUUGUUCUAAAGGAUCUAGGGGAUGAAAUCCAUUCCAUCCUUCAAAAUGCAGACGAGGAGAAAGCCAGGGCUAACGGCGCCUCUUCUGGAGUCGUGAACUCGAGCCUAGGUGCAAUCAGCAACAUGUUCCGUAAUGUUGUCGGUGGAAAGGUGUUGACUGAGGCUGACCUAGUAAAACCAUUAAAGGCGAUGGAAGACCAUCUGUUGAAGAAAAAUGUUGCCCGUGAGGCAGCCGUCCGCCUAUGCGAAGGAGUCCAAAAGGAACUGGUGGGCAAGAAAACAGCAAGUUUCCAGAGCAUUGACUCUGCCCUUCGCGCUGGAAUGGAAUCGUCUCUUCGCAAAAUACUCACCCCUACCUCCUCACUCGACCUCCUUCGUGAAAUUGAGGUUGUCACUUCUCCGACGAACAAGCAACAGCCACGGAGACCAUACGUUAUUUCGGUCGUGGGAGUCAAUGGUGUCGGCAAAUCCACCAACCUGAGCAAGUUAUGCUUCUUCCUACUCCAGAACAAAUACAAGGUCUUGAUUGCAGCAUGCGACACCUUCCGUUCCGGCGCAGUAGAGCAGCUCCGUGUCCAUGCCCGAAACCUCAAGGAACUAAGCGCCAGAGAAAACGUCGGCCACGUAGAGCUUUACGAAAAGGGUUAUGGGAAAGACGCAGCUAACGUUGCCAAAGAUGCAGUCUCUUACGCGGCUGCUAACGAUUUCGACGUCGUUCUGAUUGACACUGCCGGCCGUCGGCACAACGACCAGCGACUAAUGUCUUCAUUGGAGAAAUUUGCCAAAUUCGCUAACCCGGAUAAAAUCCUAAUGGUUGGAGAAGCGUUGGUCGGCACUGAUAGUGUCAUGCAAGCUCGUAAUUUCAACCAGGCCUUUGGCGCCGGAAGAGGUCUUGACGGCUUUAUCAUCAGCAAAUGCGACACGGUUGGGGAUAUGGUCGGUACCCUUGUCAGCAUGGUACAUGCAACUGGCAUACCUAUUGUCUUUCUGGGUGUUGGACAGCAUUACGGCGACCUACGAGGGCUUAGUGUUCCCUGGGCCGUUGGAUUGCUCAUGAAGUAA